AUGACAGUCACAUAUGAUUCUCCCUCCCGGGGAACAACCAACACAUCAAUGGCCACUCUCGAAGAUCGUUUCCAAGUGAUGAAGGAGGUGGGCGAUGGUAGUUUCGGUAGCGUGGCACUUGCGCGCGUACGGACUGCUGGGUCCCAUAUUGCGCGUCGAGGAACUAUGGUCGCUAUCAAAACAAUGAAGAAGACCUUCGACUCAUUAGGCCCAUGUCUAGAGUUGCGGGAGGUCAUCUUCUUGCGUACCCUGCCGGUGCACCCGCAUUUGGUUCCGGCCCUCGAUAUCUUCCUCGAUCCUCUUUCCCACAAACUGCACAUCUGUAUGGAGUACAUGGAUGGUAACCUGUACCAAUUGAUGAAAGCCCGUGAUCACAAGUACUUCGAAGGAAAGCACGUCAAGAAUAUCUUAUAUCAGAUCCUAUCUGGACUGGACCACAUCCACGCCCACCACUUCUUCCACCGCGAUAUCAAACCCGAGAACAUCCUUGUGUCGACCUCUGCCCCAAAUGAUUCAACUUUCAGCCGCUACUCCAACCUUGUUACCCCUCCAUCUACCCCUCCAACAUACACUGUUAAGAUUGCCGACUUUGGUCUCGCCCGGGAGACCCACUCGAAGCAGCCUUACACCACUUACGUUUCAACUCGGUGGUACCGGGCCCCUGAAGUGCUCUUACGUGCUGGAGAGUACUCCGCUCCGGUUGAUAUGUGGGCUGUGGGUGCUAUGGCUGUCGAGAUCGCGACCCUGAAGCCCUUGUUCCCUGGAGGCAACGAGGUGGACCAGGUUUGGCGUGUGUGUGAAAUUAUGGGUAGCCCUGGCAACUGGUACAGCAAGUCUGGUGCCAAGAUUGGUGGUGGUGAAUGGCGUGAAGGAUCGCGGUUGGCGCACAAGUUGGGCUUCACAUUCCCUAAGAUGGCGCCACAUGCAAUGGAUACCGUCCUCCAGCAGCCCCAGUGGCCCGCUGCUCUCGCUGAGUUUGUCACUUGGUGUUUGAUGUGGGAUCCCAAAAACCGACCGACAUCAACCCAAGCUUUGAACCACGAGUACUUUGCCGAUGCUGUGGAUCCUCUGCGUCCCAAGUCCUCGACCUCAUCAAGAUUGCUCGGCCGCAAGCCAUCCGACCGAAGCUUCAAAUCUCCGACCCUUACACCCCACAACUCUCCCACUCUCUCUACCAAGCCCUCGUGGUUCCGCAGAUCCUUGAUUGGACGAUCUGAAAGUCCUGUUCCUUCCGAAAAUGAUAGUCCCGUCCGACCUCCAGUUGUCACUCACAACACCGUUCCCGAAAUCCAGCCGGCAAAGGCUCGUCCCCCCAACACUAAGCGGGCCACAUGGGCCAACGGUGCUCCGAUGCCCAUUCUUCCUUCUAUUCGCCCUGUUUCUCCUCUCUCCGCCUCUGUCACCGCGCAAGCUAACGCGACCUUGGCGCACAGCGAGGCUCAACAGGCCGCUGAAUCCGAAGCCAUCAAGGCUAGCAAGAAGAUUGGUCGCCAACUGUCGGUCAACUCCAACGGCAAUCAUUACUCUGACGCACACCGCUUGGAGGCCGAGAGGAUGCUGAAUGGUUCCGGCAGCACCACACCGACUACCAAAGAGAGCUUCUUCUCGCACCUGCGCAAGCGGGCUCGCAGACUCUCCGGCCGUAAUCAGGCCGCAGUGGCCGCUGAUGAUGUCGAAGCCAAUGCCGGGUGCAUUCCGUGGUCUAACCGCUCAUCCAUGGCCAUCGAUGGUGCCAAUGUUUCUGACUCCAAGCAGCACUCUGACCUGAGCGAGCUUGAUAAGGCACUCCAGAGUGUGAAGUACUCGUUAGACUCGUCUACCCUCAGCAACGUGCCUGUGCACUUGAACUCUGAUAGUAGCAUCACAAAGCGCCAGUCCAUGCCCCAGACUACUGGCGCCAACCCUGGACCCAUCUCUAGCCGGACUAGACGGGCAAUGCAAAUGACCAGCCACCCCGUCCACCGCUACGAGACACCUGAGGAGGAGGAUGAGCUUUUGGACGAGGUCUUACAUUCGGCCAGCAAGGCUGCCCGGCGCUUGGCUCUGACUCAGUCAAUAACUUCUCAUGCCCGCGCUCUGCCAAGCCCAUAUCCUACUCCAUCGCCUACAGCAGCCCACCGUGAAAGCUACUUCGACACACCUGACAAGCACAUUGCCAAGCCUGAUGUGACCUCAAACCGUCAAUGGCCAACUCCCCCUUACGAGGAGUCUGAGUGGAACAACAAGGCAUCCUCUCAUUACGUUCCAUCUGGAUCCAACUACAUCUAA